CUCACACAGUACGUUGCCUUUACAAAUCCUAUUUCCCUUUCGCUUUCUCAUAUUUUUUUUCGUUAUACAUCAACAAAGUAGUAUUUGUGUGAUUUGAAUUUGUUGUGAGGAAGAAUGGGGACUUUGAGAGCGAUUUUGAAGAAUCCAGAUGAUUUGUAUCCAUUGAUAAAGCUAAAACUAGCGGCUCGACAUGCCGAAAAGCAGAUCCCGCCGGAGCCACAUUGGGGAUUCUGUUACUUAAUGCUUCAAAAAGUCUCUCGUAGUUUUGCUCUCGUCAUUCAACAGCUUCCUGUCGAGCUUCGUGAUGCUGUAUGCAUAUUCUAUUUGGUCCUUAGAGCACUUGACACUGUCGAGGAUGAUACCAGCAUUCCCACGGAUGUUAAAGUACCUAUUCUGAUCUCUUUUCAUCAGCAUAUCUAUGAUCGUGAAUGGCACUUUUCAUGUGGUACAAAGGAGUACAAGGUUCUCAUGGACCAGUUCCAUCAUGUCUCAACUGCUUUUCUGGAACUUGGAAAAAAUUAUCAGCAAGCAAUUGAGGAUAUUACCAUGAGGAUGGGUGCAGGAAUGGCAAAAUUUAUAUGCAAGGAGGUGGAAACAACCGAUGAUUAUGACGAAUAUUGUCACUACGUAGCUGGGCUUGUUGGGCUAGGAUUGUCAAAACUGUUCCAUGCAUCUGGGAAAGAAGAUCUGGCUUCAGAUUCUCUCUCCAACUCCAUGGGUUUAUUUCUUCAGAAAACAAACAUCAUUAGAGAUUAUCUGGAAGACAUAAAUGAAGUACCCAAGUGCCGUAUGUUUUGGCCCCGUGAGAUUUGGAGUAAAUAUGUUAACAAGCUUGAGGAGUUAAAGUAUGAGGAGAACUCGGUCAAGGCAGUGCAAUGUCUUAAUGACAUGGUCACCAAUGCUUUGUCACAUGUAGAAGAUUGUUUGAUUUACAUGUCCAAUUUGCGUGAUCCUGCCAUCUUUCGAUUCUGUGCUAUUCCACAGGUCAUGGCAAUUGGGACUUUAGCUAUGUGCUAUGACAACAUUGAAGUCUUCAGAGGAGUGGUUAAAAUGAGACGUGGUCUGACAGCUAAGGCCAUUGACCGGACUAGAACUAUGGCUGAUGUAUAUGGUGCUUUUUUUGACUUCUCUUGUAUGCUGAAAUCCAAGGUUAAUAAUAAUGAUCCAAAUGCAACAAAAACUUUGAAGAGGCUUGAAGCAAUCCUGAAAACUUGCAGAGACUCGGGAACCUUGAAUAAAAGGAAAUCUUACGUAAUCAAGAGCGAGCCUACUUACAGUCCAGUUCUGAUCUUUGUCAUCUUCAUCAUACUGGCUAUUAUUCUUGCACACCUAUCUGGAAACCGCUCUUAGAUGAUCUGUGACCAUCUUUUGGGUUAGAAGUUUGGUCAAGGAGGUCAAUUAUGUGAUUAAUACAAAUUGUCAUGUUUGUAUUAGUAUGUAUUAAGUGAUAGUUGCACCUUCAACCUGACAGAUAACGAAAGCCUAUUAUCUGGUAGUUUGUUGAGUAUGUACUUGUUUGCAAGCUGCUACGAAAGCAAAUUCCAAUUGUUGUAGAAGUCGGUUUACCGUAAUAUACAUUUCAUUGUAACAGCUUGUAAA